AGCAGAGAGAUGGAAAGUGAAUGCGGGCCAAGAAUCCUCACCAGAGCUCGUCCCGCUCCUGAGGAUCGAGGAGCACUUUCUGGAGCCACCAUUCCCUUCAGUUGAGCUCUCCUCCCUGGAGCGUAUGCUGCACGGAGCCCCAGCCUUGCCUUCCCUCUCUUGGUUUCUUUCUCUUAUUUAUGGCUUCUUUUCUGUCUUCCCACCUGCCUUUGUUUUACUCGUUUUAACUCCUACCGCUGCCUCAGCCCAAUGCGCUUGGCAGGACCGUGCCGGCCGAGCCGGGAUCUCUGCGUUCCACGGGACGAGCUCAAGCUGUACGCGUGCUGAGUUUUCUUUAACUGCCCCAAUAACAACCAUAUUUUCCAAAAUUUAAGGAAAUGCCUUGGACCUGAGUUACCCCAAGAGCAAAUUUUGUGGCCCACGACCUCCAGGUUGAGCACAGCUGGAAGCCCGGUGCUGCCUCCGGGACGGUGCUGUGCUGUGUGAGGCUCGCUGGCCGCGUGUGCACGGAGCGGUGUGGGGCAGUGGGGCCUGGGCUCAGUGGCAGGGGAUGGGCGCUGGGGAUGGGGGGCACCGGCCAGUGCCCCAGCUGGGGCGAAACCACCCCCGGUGGCCCACAGCAGCGGUGGCUGCCCCAUCCCUGGAGGGGUUCCAGGCCAGGUUGGAUGGGGCUUGGAGCCCCUGAUCCAGUGGGAGGUGUCCCUGCCCAUGGCGGGGGUGGGACUGGACGGGCUGUGAGGUCCCUUCCAGCCCAACCAUUCCAUAAUUUGAUGGAAUCAUUUAAACGUUGUUGUCGUCAACAGUAACGAGCAGGGCUCUGGCUCAGCCCAAGCAAUAAAAGUGGAGAAGGUGACGAUGCCAUGUGGAAUCCCGGGGGACAGGGAACGCGCGAGGAGAGAGACAAGAUGACAACGUGGAAGCUGCGGGAUGCCGAGCUGUGAGAGCGGCCCCGCGGCGGGGGGGAUGGAUCGGGAAAAUGCCUUUGUGGAGCGCGGCCGGCGACCCGCCUGGGUGGCAAAGGGACGAACCGGCGCCGCCUCGAGCCCGGAAGCGGAAGCGCGGCCGGAAGCGGAAGCGCGGCCGGAAGCGGCGCGGGACGCGGGCGGCGGCGAUGCCGUGGCUGGACUUUCUGGACGAUGUGCGGCGUAUGAACAAGCGGCAGCUCUACUAUCAGGUGCUGAACUUUGGGAUGAUCGUUUCGUCCGCACUCAUGAUCUGGAAGGGGCUGAUGGUGGUGACGGGCAGCGAGAGCCCCAUCGUGGUGGUGCUGAGCGGAAGCAUGGAGCCUGCAUUUCACAGAGGAGACCUCCUGUUCCUCACAAACCGAAUUGAAGAUCCAAUCAGAGUGGGAGAAAUCGUGGUCUUCAGGAUAGAAGGGAGAGAAAUUCCUAUCGUCCACCGUGUCCUGAAAAUUCAUGAGAACAAUCAGUUCUGUCUUCUCCAGAAUCCUGGUCUGUUGUUUCCUGUGUGGAAGUGGCUCCAGACCUUGUUAUCCCCAGUUCAAACAAUGAUGCAGGGAGUUCAGAACUGCACAGAACACUCAGUGGAGGCCCAUGCAGUACUGCAAGGGUUUGUUUGGCAGAAUGGCGACAUCAAGUUUCUGACCAAGGGAGACAACAACGCGGUUGAUGACAGAGGGCUCUACAAACGGGGGCAGCACUGGCUGGAGAAAAAGGACGUCGUGGGACGAGCAAGAGGGUUUGUGCCCUACAUUGGAAUAGUGACUAUCUUAAUGAAUGAUUACCCAAAAUUUAAGUACGCAGUCCUCUUUUUACUGGGUUUGUUUGUGCUGGUGCAUCGAGAGUAGCCUCCUGCGCUGCAGCCCGAGGUGAAGGUGCCAUGGAUUUUGUAGAGGAACAGUUUAAAUAGAUGGCGGCCCAAUGGGAGGAAGAAGAAAAUGUGCAUUUCAAAGCCUUUUGCCAGUUUGAGUUUCUUUUGUUUUUUACUGGCGAAUGUUUGUCUCAGUAUUUCCAAUGUUUUGUCACAUUUUAGCAUUUUUAGUGAGUUUUUAUAUUAAAAUUUUAAGCCAAA